GUACAAUGGAUCUCAGUGGAACAUACGAUUAUGUCGGGUGAUCCUGUUUUUUUUUUCUAAAUGACUUCUCGAAACCCCUAUCCUCCACCUACCAGGUUCCCGACGACGGCAUAGCGCAGCACCAAUCCGACUCCUGUGGCUCAGCUCUUUUACUCUUGAGUCUUCUCUUCCUCUUGUUAAUCCGUAUCCUUCGUAUCCUUCACCCACCGCGUCGCAUCCACCCUCCGAAUUCCCCGACAUCCUCCCACCCCUCCUCCGCAUCGCCGUGGCCUCGGCGUCUUGGCCGUUCCCCCGCCACCGUCGUCCUAUGCGUAUCCUACGGCGGCCUGCCCCUCACCCAUCAUGACCGACUUCGACGGCUACGAUGAAAAGCCCAUUAUUGAGAGUCGCCCAAACUGGGGCACAACGGGCGCGAAGCCUGAGAGGAAAACUGGUUAUCACACCACCUCCAACAACACAAACCGGCCCUCAUACAUGCAGACCGUUAGCAAUGGCAACAUGGCCGUCGUGAGCCGCGUUAGGAGGAAAUCGGAUGGCGCAAGGAAGUUUGUCGCCAGCUGGAUGCUCAGAAACCAGAUUGGAAUCGCUUUCAACCUCCUUGCGCUCCUCUUCCUCGCGCACUUCAUCCCCAGAGCCCGCCCUUACACUACAAAAUUCUUCACCUUAUCCUAUCGCAACGACCUUACCGGCAAAUACGCCAACGGCAGCGAUGAUGUUUACCUUAUAACUUGUUUUAUUGUAUUAUUUUCAGGACUGCGGGCUGCUGUCAUGCAGUAUGUUCUGGUUCCCUUCGCCAAGUUGUGCGGUGUGCGCAAAAGGAAGGACUUGACUCGCUUCAGCGAGCAAUCAUGGCUUCUGUGCUACUACGCCGUCUUCUGGACGAUGGGCAUGUAUAUCUACCGAACCUCUCCUUACUGGCUCAACAUGAAGGAGCUAUGGACUAACUGGCCGGACCGCGAAUUGACCGGUCUGGUCAAAUUCUACAUCCUGGCUCAGUGGGCUUUCUGGCUCCAGCAGAUCAUCGUCAUCAACAUUGAGGAGCGCCGCAAAGACCAUUCGCAGAUGCUGGCCCACCAUUUCGUCACCUGCGGCUUGAUGUACGCCUGCUACGCUUACCACCAGACCCGCGUCGGCAACAUGAUCCUCGUCCUCAUGGACUUUGUCGACAUAGUUCUUCCUCUUGCCAAGUGCUUGAAGUACAUGGGCUUUAAGGUCGUAUGCGAUAUCAUGUUCGGCAUUUUCUUAGUCUCGUGGAUCUUUACCCGCCACAUCGUCUACUCCAUGGUUUGCUGGUCCAUCUAUGCCGACAUCCCCGAAAUCAUUGGGGAAAUCUGCUGGAGAGGUACCAACGAGGACCUCAAGGGACCCCUCCCCAUUCCGACAGAAUCCCGCUACAUGCUUGAGCCAUUCUGGAACCCACAAGGACUUGUCUGCUUCGGCCGCACUGUGACGUGGUCGUUCCUCUUGCCGUUGCUCCUACUGCAGUGCAUGAAUAUUGUCUGGUUUGCCAUGAUUGCUCGCGUCGCCUUGAAGGUCAUUCGUAGAGAGGGCGCGGAGGACAACCGCAGCGACGAUGAGGGAGACAAGGAAGAUUGAGCCUACCAGGAUGCUCCUCUGAGCAGGUGUAAUGAUUGAGAAGCUCUCUCGAAGAGCUGGGGAUUGUAAUUCACGGGCGAGGAGAAAGGCCAGAGCGUCAGGCGUCAGCCUUUAUCAAGGC